AUGGCCGAAGAAACCUUCUUCCGUGAUCAAAUCCUCUCCAACGCCGCCGUGCUCUUCCCCGACACCUUCCGCAUCGUCCUGCGCGCCAAGAAGCAAGAGGGCAAACAGACUUACGAAGCCGUUCUUGUCGACGGUUCAUCCCACAAGAUCCUUCUCGCCGGCGGCCCCGGUCUUCACUCCAUCCAAGAAGCCCUGUUCAACCUGCUCAUCGCCACUAGCAGCUCCGUGUCCGAUUAUUUGCAGAAACAGACCGAUAAGGAGGCUGAGGGAAAGCACCACCAUGAGUCUGGUAAACAAGCCUCUACUCAACAAUAA